CAAUUUAUAUAUUAGUUAUUAUUUCAUCACUAUUGAAGGAAGUGUUACUUUCUAGUAAUGUUUGGUUCAAAUAAUAUUAUAGUUUGUGCUAUAUUGUAUUACUUACAAAUAAAUGUUGCGCUCGCGUUAACACAUGUAAAUAAUGAUCCCAUAGUAAGAGUAAAUGAAGGAAAACUUAAAGGUUCUGUGGAAAAACUAGUUGAUGGAUCGUCUUGCUUUAGUUUUAAAGGAAUACCAUAUGCAGCGCCGCCUGUUGGAAAUCUUAGGUUUAAGGCUCCUUUGCCACCAAAACCAUGGAAAGGCGUUCGUGAUGCGAAACGAUUUGGUUCUAUUUGCGCACAAUUUAACACGACAUUCCAAGGGGACGAAGACUGCUUAUUCUUAAAUGUGUAUACAAAGUCACUAGACAAAAAUGCUAAAAUACCGGUCAUGGUAUACAUUCAUGGCGGGUCUUAUUAUGAGGGCUCUGGUGACUUGUUUACGCCAGAUUUUCUCUUGCAGCACGAUGUUAUCUUAGUGACAAUUAACUAUAGGCUGGAAUUAUUAGGUUUCUUAUCUUUAGAAAUACCAGAAGCACCUGGCAACGCCGGGAUGAAAGACCAGGUUGCCGCCCUCCGAUGGAUUCAAAAUAAUAUUUUUAACUUUGGGGGUGACAAAGGAAGUAUUACAAUUUUUGGUGAGAGUUCCGGAGCAUCGUCUGUUACUUACCAUUUGUUGUCUCCAAUGUCAGAAGGACUGUUUCACAAAGUGAUUGCACAAAGCGGUGUGGCGAUUAACGAUUGGGCUAUUGGCAAAGAUUCAAAAGCUAGAGCUUUUCGGGCAGGAAAAAUAUUAGGGAAAGACACAAAUGACGUUCAGGAGUUGCUUACUUUUUUCAGAGGCUUAAAUGCGAGCUCUCUUACUAAUCUUACUUUUGCCACUUUAACACCUGAUGAAAUGUACAGAGGUCUUCCAGAGCAAUUCAUACCUGUAACGGAAAAGAAAUUUCCCAAUGUAAAAGCGUUUAUAGACGAAGAUCCCUUAAAAAUCCUUGCUCAAAAAAGAUUUAAGCCGGUUCCUCUUAUGCUUGGCUAUAAUUCUGGAGAGGGCUUAGUAAUCGUUAAAGAUCAUAUAACAAAAUUGGAUGUUUAUAAUAAAGAGCCUUCCUUCUACGUGCCAAGAGAGUUAGCAGAGAGAGUUUCGAGAGAAAAAUUAAUUGACUUCGGUGAUAGAAUUAAAAAAUUUUACGUCGGCGAUAGAAAUAUAACCGAAAAAGAUUUAAAUAUAAUCACUGACAUGCAAACAGAUAUGCAUUUUGCAUAUAGCACGCAUAGAUUCGCGCAUUUGUAUUCUUAUACGUGCGGAGUAUCGUAUAUGUAUAGAUUCAAUUAUGAGACAGAUUUAAAUAUCAUUAAAAUAGCUUUAGGUCUUAGAGACCUGAAAGGCGCUAGUCAUGCUGAUGAACUAUUUUACAUGUUCUACAAUUACCUAAAUGAAAAACUGUACAAAAAUCAGAAGAAUCUGAGAGAGAUUGUGUUUAAAGUGACAAAACUUUGGACGGAUUUCGCAAAAACUGGUCAACCAACACCUAAUAACGACUUGGGAGUCUCUUGGCAACCAUACACCAGGGAGGGAAGAGAAUAUCUUAACAUCGGUGAGCCGAUGACAGUGGGACGAUUCGCUGAUAAAGAACGAAUGGAGCUAUGGAAUCAAAUAUAUAAGGAAUCUGGGGUUCAACAUUUGGAAUAAAUCAGAGAGGAAUGUAGGUAAAGCAAUAAAUAAUGUAACUGUAAUACGCGAAAAUAUUUGUGAUUGGAAUUUUACACUUAAAGUCGGCCGUGCCAUGUAAAUAUAAUUUGUUAAAUACA